UUUUUUUUUUUUGAGCGAGGGGAAUAUCGUCCUAAAUCAAAGGAAUGAAGUCUGGCUCCGGAGAAGGGUCCCCGACCUCGCUGUGGGGGCUCCUGUUUCUCUCUGCGGCGCUCUCGCUCUGGCCGACGAGUGGAGAAAUCUGCGGGCCGGGCAUUGACAUCCGCAAUGAUUACCAGCAGCUUAGGCGCCUGGAGAACUGCACGGUGAUCGAGGGUUACCUGCACAUCCUGCUCAUCUCCAAGGCAGAGGACUACCGCAGCUACCGCUUCCCCAAGCUCACAGUCAUCACCGAGUACUUGCUGCUGUUCCGCGUGGCCGGCCUCGAGAGCCUUGGCGACCUCUUCCCAAACCUCACGGUCAUCCGCGGCUGGAAGCUCUUCUACAACUACGCCCUAGUCAUCUUCGAGAUGACCAACCUCAAGGAUAUUGGGCUUUAUAACCUGAGGAACAUUACUCGGGGAGCCAUCAGGAUUGAAAAAAAUGCCGACCUCUGCUACCUCUCCACCGUGGACUGGUCCCUGAUCCUGGAUGCUGUGUCCAAUAACUACAUCGUGGGCAACAAACCCCCGAAAGAGUGUGGGGACCUGUGUCCAGGGACGAUGGAGGAGAAACCGUUGUGUGAGAAGACCACCAUUAACAAUGAGUACAACUACCGCUGCUGGACCACCAACCGCUGCCAGAAAAUGGUUUUGCAUUGAAAGCACCAUGGGUAUAAGAUGAUUAUCAUUCAGUCCGCUGGGAUCACCGUGUGUAGCUGUGUCACCAACAGCAUGUGGGGACUUAGGAAGUAGGUAAGUUUAAUAUACAUCUAAUGAGAACACACUCUAGGCCUUUAUGUUUUUUGGUACUGGGGUCAUGAUGAUGACUAUGACGUGGUCCUCAGCCUUGCUGUGCUUAUAGUCAUGUGGAGCCUAGAGUCCAUGCAGGGAAGGACAAGCAUAUUCUGGAAAGAGUCCUAUCAGAUAUUUAAAAUACGAGACUGUUCAAGAUGCUCACCUACAAUCCUGAGUAUUUUAGUCCUUCAAGGUACCAUGUGGGUAUGUUGUUUUGGUGUGGAAAAUAAAGCUCGGAAGAGCGCGUGUUAAUUCCAGUUUUGUCUGAGACCCUUUGGCAUUGCACAGGUGCCCUUGCUCUGACCUUGCCUCUUUCCUGGCAUGUCUGGGGAUGGAAGCAACCUCAGGGUAUUACAGAGGAUGCCAGCCUGGCCAGUGCACUUCAGGGUGCUGGAAGCUUGAAUUAGCCUUUUCCGGGAAAUCCAGACUGGGCUGCAUUAGCUCAGGGUCUUGGGAACCUGGACCGGCUUGCUUCUUCUAAGGUAAGUCUGGGAGAGAAGUCAUAAAUCGGUGUGAGCUCUGCUGCUUCCCAAGUUCUGCCAGCUCAAGAGGCCUGCCUGGUGCCAAGGGUUUGGGCAUUGGGAGCGUUGCCUGGCCUGCCGGGCAAGAAACGUGAACCACCGCAGUGAACUGGCAGUGAAUUAACAGGCUCUUUAACUGCCAUUUUUUCCCCACUCCAUGUUUUUAUAAAGCCGCUGAGUAGACACCAGAUUAUAAGUCCUGUGCAAAUAGUCUUAGCGUCUCUGGAUUCAACCCCAGAGAAGACUGGUUUGGGUUUUGAGGAAUACUUAAAGAAAACGUUUGUCAGUUAUGGUUUCCAAUGUAAAGUACCUCACAAGGGCUCCGCAGUGAGGCCGAGGAGGCCCUGCAAGGACUCAGCUGCUUUGGAAGCAAGUGGUUCCAGUGGGUUUCCCACCCUCCAUCCUAGUUGCUAAAAUUAUGUUUUAUUUUGUUAAUGAAAUGAAAACCCCCCUUCUCCCUUGGGGUCCAGGUGGGAAAAGGACAGGUACACACAGGAGCAGCCACAGUCUCAGCAUGAGUUCAGUAUGGGUGCUCCAUAUUGAGGGAUAGCAGCAUGACCCCAAGAGAUCCUCACUGUGGGGAAUUUUGGUUGAGCUGAGUGAAGGUAGAUCAUGAUGACAGCAAUGCUGAGUCUUUUUUUAUUUUUAUUUUUUGGUUUCAGUAAAAGCUGCUACACCCCCCCACCCCCAGUCUUGGGAAAUGCGGCCCAGGAUAUCCAACCUUAUGGUGAACGGCAGGGGGGUAGGGGUAUUUUUUUCUCUGCAUCCCUAAGGAAUCUGACUGGUACCUGAUCUCUGCUUUCAGGGGGUGAGUGGUUGGGUUGGUGGUUUGUUUAAUGUGUGCAUUAUAUAAACCUUGUGCUGGAACUUGGCUGUUCUCCCAGUCACCAUGCCUAGUAAAGCUAGUACUUCGAUAUUUCAGUUCUCCACACCACCCCCUCACCCCCACCGAUGUUUUAAAGCCCUGCUAUUUCAAGGUGAAAAGUCAACAUUUUAAUUUUAGUAUCUUUGGAUAAAUUUAUUUAGACUUAAUUUUGGGAAAAGCAGGACUCAUUGAACAUGUAUAUAUGUAUAUGGCCGUGCCUUUAUACCCCAUAUAUGUUGUUUUGUUGUGUGCCAUCAAGUUGAUUCCAACUCAUGGCAACCCCAUGUGACAGAGUAGAACUGCCCCAUAGGGCUUCCAGGCUGUAAUCUUUACGGUAGCAGAUUUACCAGUUCUUUUCUCCCACUGAGCAGCAGCUGGUGGGUUUGAACUGCUGAUCUUUCAACCUGUUGGUUAGCAGCAGAGCACGUAACCAUUGUGGUACCAGGGCUUCUACCCUACGUAUAGGUGACCUUAAUGAGCAACUCUCAUGUAGUAUCAAAGGCUCUAAAUUAUUUUGUUCAGUGUUUUCAAGGUUAACAAGGUAUGGUCCACUCUGCCAGAUCUAGCCUCUCACUUGUUUUCGUAAAUAAAGUUUUAUUGGAACACAAGCACUCAUUUUUUUUAUGUUGCCUGCUUUCACGCUGCAAUGGCUGAGUCGAGUAUUUGUGACAGACAUCCUUUAGCUUGCAAACCUUUUUACAGAAAAAGUUUGCCAACCACUGGUGUAAUUGGCAGAGGGCUGACUAGCUUCAACUUGAACACCUUCAUGGUAAGACUUUCAUCAUCAUAUGAAGGAACUCAUUCCAUUUUUAGGUAAACUUAGAGAGUUAGAAAAUUCUGCUUUUUAGAAAUAAACAAAACCCUACUUCCCUAUAACAUGUAUAUGUUGGUUCCGUUUGUAUCCCAUGAACCAUGAAAAUAAGUCAGAUACCAAGAUAAUUGCCCUUUUGAAUAGUUGAAGACAUCUAUUCUGUACCCUCUGAAUAGUUCCUUCUUCAGAGUAAACAUUUCCAGUUCUUUUACCCAUCGUUAUUUCAGAGUUUUUAAUUUCUACUCGAAAAAUUCUAGUUUAAUGAACCUCUGAACCAUGUCACUGAAAAUUUAAAAGUCAGUUGGAUGUAACCAGUAGAAAUUAGACCAUGACUGUUUACUGCCUUUACUUUGGAUGCCAUGGUUCUAGGGAUGAAUGGAAGAUUACUGGUAUAUCAUCUUCCUUGGAGUCCUCUUGCAUUGCUGACUAGUAGACAUUAGCCUACAGAGCUCCUUGAACUCUCUAACCCUUUCAGCUGUGAGCCAUGUUGCAACUAUACUAUGUUUGCAUUGUUACUGUUUCACAGCUUUUCAAAGCUUUGUUAUGUAAGAUUUGGGUCAUCUUUCCAAAUUUAAUCUUUUCAUAUAUUUUGUUAUGUUAACUAAUUUACUCUUGCUCCCAACUUCAUCUUUGAAUUUGAUGUCUGGGUCCCUGUUUGAGGCAUUGUCUUUGGGCUUACCACUGGAUAAUUCUACAUUGACUUGGCCCUAAGUAAGCUGCCUUCACAAUUGUCAUGAAAUGUACUUUUGUUGACAGAAGACUAACGUUCCACUAUCUUAAAUCCAGAGAUGCAUUUACUUAGGUUGUUCCAAUCUUCAGCUGAAAACGGUGAUUUAAAUGGCUUUUCCAUAUGAUUGUGGAUUGCUCGCCACACUGUAGCCUGUUGAGAAAUCAGGAUUACAGUUUAAAAUAUAUUUUGGUUAAGUUACUCUUACUGGCUUAUAGACAGUCAAGAAGUCAAACUACAUAUUGCAUUGAGAAAGUCUACUGCAGGAGACCUCUUUAAAGUAUUAAA